CUAAUUGGUACUUGUAUGUUUCGUAGUACCAUCGGCACUCGCAAACUUUGUCGUGACUGCAUUCCAAUUUCUAACACAAGUGAGGAGUGCAGGCGGUGCGGCAGAAAAGCGCCACCGGGGUGGAGAUGCACGGAGAGGGCUCUGAGUGGAAAAUCCGUGUGUGAGAGGCAUUUUCUGUAUAACCAGAAAAAAACUGAGAGGUGGAAGGAAGGUGCUUCUGGUAUAACCCCUAAAAGGAGAAGCGGAAGAAGAAAACCUGUAGAUAAUUCAGAAAAUGGGGUUGUUGAUGAUGGUUGUAAAGAGCUGUUUGGUGAUCCAAAUGGUACUCCCACUGUCGUUGACGAAUUUACUGGGCUUUGUGGUGUAUCUGAAGGGGAUGCUGGAGUGAAUCUUAAUCUUGGUUGUGAAAGUCUUAACCUUCAGGACAAAGGAGAGGAGGGUCAACAAGUUCAUUCUGGUGGAUUUGGGGAAGGAUGUGGACGUAUGGGUCAGGUUCUUGGUGAUUAUGGAGUCGAAUAUGCUGAGGAUAGAAAUGCAGUUGCUGGUUUAGGUGCCUUUAGAAAUGUUGGCAAUGAAGAUCAUGGAUGUGUGGCUGGUAGGAAUGUUUGUGUAAAUGAUCGUCUUGGUCUUCCUUCUGAAGGAAUAGAGAGCCUGAUUGGUGAAGAACCAGGUUUUGGGAGUUUUCAAGCACUUCUUUGUAAAGACAGGGGUUGUGCAGAAGAUGUGAUUUUCAUUGGUGAUGUUACAGGCUUUGAGGGUUUGAGUGGUGAAAAUACUCAUGGAUUUAGAGAUGAAGUUGGUGGGUUUGUGGAAAAUCCAUGUUUUGAAGGUGAAAAUGAUAGUAACAAAGAGGGACCUGGGUCAAAUUACAAGAUGUCAGCUCUUGGCUUCGAAGAGGAAAUAGGACUGUUAUUAAGCCGAGGAGGUACCACCAAUGAAGAGGCAAGAUGUGAAGCAUUGAGGCCACUGUCUAAAAGAGGCCGGCCUAAGGGUUCCAAGAAUGAGAAUGACAAUAAACAGCUUAGCACCGCCUUGGAUGGACAAAGUGUUGGUGGUGAUGAUAAUGCAGGUACUAUUGGAAUGAGCAGUGUCACAGAUUUAGGGAUUGAAAUUGCAGUUCUUUCAGGAGAGAAAGAUAAGUCUAGUGAUGAAGUUGCAGAUCUGGGUGAGACUGCAAGGGCAGAGAAGAGUGGCCGACCAAAGGUUUCAAAGAACAAAAUUAGGAGAGUUGAGCAUGUUGGUAAUGUAGUUGCUGUUAAGAUUGUAGGACCAAAGAAGCAUGGUAGGCCAAAAAGUUCAAAAUGUAGAAAGAAAAAUAUCAUGGAGGCUGGUGAUGAAGCUGCUGGUGAGAUUGGAGGAGAUAAGAAGCUGGGUCGACCAAAGGGCUCAUUAAAUAAAUUGAAGAAUACUGUGGAUUGUAACAAUGAAGGUUCUGGUGCUGGUGAGAUUGUAAGACCUAAAAAGCGUGGUAGACCAAGAGGUUCAAAGAAUAAAGUAAACAAUAUUAUGGAGGUUAGUAAAAAAGCUGCUAGUGGUGGUGACUGCAAGAUUGCUGGACCUAAGAAGUGUGGUCGCCCAAAGGGUUCCAAAAAUAAACAGAAGAAUAUUGUGCAGGUUAGUCAAGAAGUUGCCGGUUCUGCGGAUUGUGAGAUUGCAGGACCUAAGAAGUGUGGUCGACCAAAGGGUUCAAUGAAGAAAAGGAAGUCCCUUGUGUGUGCUUCUAUUCUUGAAGGAGCAGGUGGGAUUACAAGGGAAGGUUUGGAAAAUAAAAUGCUGAGCAAUCUGUGUCAGGAACAUAUUGAGUAUACCCAACCAGUAGUUAGGGGUGGUCGACCUAAGGGCUCAAGGAACAAGAAGAUAAAACUAGCAUUUCAGGACAUGGUUGAUGAAGUUAGGUUUGCUAAUAAAGAAAGUGAUAAAGCAACUUGUGCUGUGGGUGAGGAACAGAAAGAUCAUGGAAGUGACAUUGGUAAGCCAAUUGGUUUGGACAAUGACAAAGCCACUCUUGCUAGUGACAGGGACCAGGAAACACCUAACCAAACCCUUGCUCAAGAUGAGGUUCAAAAUGAUAAAAGCUCUGUUAAACCAAAGCGCGGUCGACCAAAAGGAUCUAAAAAUAAGAUGAAAAGCAUUGCUAAUAAAGCUAGAAACAAGUUUGGUAAGGUCAGAAAUAUGCGUGGUAGGCCAAAAGGUUCUCUUAGAAAGAAAAAUGAGACUGCAUAUUGUUUGGAUUCACAGAAUGAGAGGAAUAGUCUUGACGGAAGAACUUCUACUGAAGCUGCCUACAGAAAUGAUGUUGAUCUACAGAGAGGUCAUUGUAGCCAAGAAGAACUACUGAGAAUGUUGUCAGUCGAACACAAGAAUAUUCAGGGUGUUGGAGUUGAAGAAACUAUAGACUAUGGAUUACGUUCUUCAGGAUUGAUGGGUGAUACUGAAAGGAAAAAGGAGACGAGAAUUUUAAGGUGCCACCAGUGCUGGCGGAAUAGUUGGAGUGGAGUUGUCAUUUGUGCCAAGUGCAAAAGAAAGCAAUAUUGUUAUGAGUGCAUAACAAAAUGGUACCCCGGUAAAACUAGAGAGGAGAUAGAGAUUGCUUGUCCCUUUUGUCUUGGUAAUUGCAAUUGCCGAUUGUGCUUGAAGAAAGAUAUAUCUGUAAUGACUGGGAGUGGUGAAGCUGAUACAGGUGUCAUAUUACAAAAGUUGCUGUACUUGCUUAACAAAACUCUGCCCUUACUCCAACAUAUCCAACGGGAGCAGAUAUCAGAAAUGGAAGUAGAAGCUAGCAUGCAUGGUUCCCCAUUGAUGGAAGAGGAUAUUCAAUUGUCAGUGAUUGAUAAUGAUGAUCGAGUUUAUUGUGACAAUUGCAAUACAUCCAUUGUCAAUUUCCACAGAAGUUGUCCCAAUCCUAAUUGUAGGUAUGAUCUUUGUCUCACUUGUUGCAUGGAACUAAGAAACGGACUUCAUUAUGAAGAUAUUCCUGCUAGUGGUAAUGAGGAAACCAUUGAUGAACCACCUAUAACUUCUGCUUGGAGAGCAGAGAUAAAUGGUAGGAUUCCUUGCCCUCCAAAAGCUAGAGGAGGUUGCGGUACUUCUAUCCUUUCAUUGAGGCGCCUUUUUGAAGCUAAUUGGGUGAACAAGUUGGUUAGGAAUGCGGAGGAGCUUACUAUCCAAUAUCAUCCACCUAGUGUUGAUCUUUUGGUAGGGUGUUUACAGUGCCAUAGGUUUGUGGUAGAUCUGGCACAAAAUUCUGUAAGGAAGGCAGCUUCUAGAGAAACAAAUCAUGAUAACUUUUUGUACUGCCCGGAUGCUGUUGACAUGGGAGACACAGAAUAUGAGCAUUUCCAAAGGCACUGGAUAAGAGGUGAACCUGUUAUAGUUAGGAAUGUUUUUGAAAAGGCUAGUGGCCUUAGCUGGCACCCAAUGGUGAUGUGGAGAGCUUUUAGGGGGGCAAAUAAGAUAUUAAAAGAGGAGCCAACUACUUUCAAAGCCAUUGACUGCCUGGAUUGGUGUGAGGUUCAAAUUAACAUCUUUCAGUUCUUCAAAGGCUACUUGGAAGGUCGUAGGUACAGAAAUGGAUGGCCAGAGAUGCUGAAGCUAAAGGAUUGGCCCCCAUCAAAUUCUUUUGAAGAGUGUUUUCCGAGGCAUGGUGCCGAGUUCAUAGCUAUGCUUCCUUUUAGUGACUAUACCCAUCCCAAAUUUGGUAUUUUAAAUCUUGCCACAAAGCUCCCUGCUGUUUUGAAGCCUGAUUUGGGCCCCAAAACAUACAUUGCUUAUGGAUCUUUAGAAGAAUUAAGCAGAGGUGAUUCUGUGACAAAACUACAUUGUGACAUUUCAGAUGCGGUCAAUAUUCUGACGCACACAGAGGAAGUAAAGGCACCACUAUGGCAACCCAAAAUUAUAAAAAAAUUACAGAAGAAGUAUGAAGCUGAAGAUAUGCGCGAUCUCUAUGGUAGGAUCAAUAAGACAGUUGUUUCACAUAGAAGUAAGCACAAAAAGUGUCGUACAGGUAUUAGCAUGGAUCCUAAAAUCCCUGAAAAUGAUGACACUAUGGGAAGAAACUCAAACUUACGGGGAAGUCAAAGUAAUGAAGAGAUAGUAGUUAAUGAACUGUCAACUAGAUCCUCGAGUUUGGGAGAAUCAAGAUCAGAUAGUGCAGCUUGUGUUCAAGGGUUCUCAGAAUCCAGCGAAAGUAAAUCAGUUUUAAAUGCUGGAAAAGAUUGUGAGUGGAUGCAUUAUGACGUGAAUAAUGGGAAACAAUGGUGCUCAUCACCAGGUGAUGGAUCUUUUAAAGGAAUUUCAUUACAAGAAGAUAUGAAGUUUAAGACAUGCACAGAUGUCGAUUAUGAAAAAAGAAGAGUGAUUGAUGUGGACUUAAAUAAAGAAAAGUUUUGUUUCAAAGAUCAUACAGGUUCCUUAUUUGUUGAUUUGAACUUCUCCACUCCACCAGCAAGGGUAAAUCAGGAGCAUCAGAGAAAUUUUUCUGUUUGUGAAAAUAUGGCUGACAGUAAUAGUAUUUCUAAAGAAGGGACAGUUGUGGGUAAUUUCUUCCCUCUAGAUGAAUCUCAUGAACAAGAUCUCGGUAAUGAUACUAAAAAAAAUCCAAAUGCCAGUGAAUGUAAUCAGCCUUGUACUGGAAAAGGAGAAACAAUUUUUUUCAAUAGAUCGAGUUCUUCAGUCAUGCCAUGUUCAAAGAUCCAGAUCGACAAAACUGUGCCAGUUAAAAAUGACAUAUCGAGUAAUAAUUUCUUUCAAAAUGAUGAUCAUAUGGAGACUCAAUUUGGGAGUGCUGUGUGGGACAUAUUCCGCAGACAGGAUGUACCUAAACUAACCGAGUACCUCAAGAAGCACCAUAAAGAAUUUCGCCACGCUAAUAAUCUUCCAGUUGAUUCUGUGACCCAUCCCAUUCAUGACCAGAUCCUUUAUCUAAAUGAGAAGCAUAAAAGACAGCUUAAGAAAGAGUAUGGCAUUGAACCAUGGACGUUUGAGCAACACCUUGGCGAGGCUGUUUUCAUACCUGCAGGGUGCCCACAUCAAGUGAGAAAUAGAAAGUCUUGCAUGAAAGUGGCUCUGGACUUUGUUUCACCUGAGAAUGUUCAGGAAUGCGUUCGAUUGACAGAGGAAUUUCGAAUGCUUCCGAAAGGCCAUAGAUCUAAGGAAGAUAAAUUGGAGAUAAAGAAGAUGGCACUGUAUGCCACUGAUAUUGCCAUAACAGAAGCUACAAAACUGAUGGGAGCUAAAUGAGUUGAUGAAUUCUUGAAGCAGCUGAAAGCCUGAAACCCACGAGACAUCAGUUUUCAUACAUUAUUCCCCCUUUCACUCCAUAUCUUCGCUUUUUGUUGGUGAUCACUGAUAAUUUGUUUCGAUUAAUAAGUUUGUAGUUUUCAGUUGUUGUAAACAUAGAUUAGCCCAAAGUAGUGUUAAUGAAGGGGUUUCUGAUCACUGCCAUUGCAUCUGAGCAUGAAAAAGCAUUGCACUACAUGAAUGAUUGUUCAAGUGCAUGUUGCAGAAUUUUAUGCUUUAUUUUUCUGAUGACAUGAUCUUUUGUGGA